AAGAUAAAAUGCAUGCACUUUGGUCCGAGGUGACUAAUAUAUUAAAUAGUGUUCCGGGUGGACCAGCAAAAGACUGGAAACAAUGGAGAAAAAGCUGGGUAGAUCUUAAGAAAAAUACCAAAGAAAAAGAGUCUCAAAAACGAAAAUACAUGCAAGGUACUGGAGGAGGACCACCUUCAUCACCACCCUCUAAAACAAAAAGUAACAUCGAUGAAAAAAUUUUGUCAAUAAUAAAUCCCACAUCCAUUACAGGCAAUGAUAAUGUUACGGUGUCAGAGGUGCAAUUUGAUGUCAUUGAGCCCUUAGAUGAAUCUGUGGUUUUUGAUGGACGGACUGUAAUGACCGAAACUGAAGAAACGGUCCAGAAUUCUGAUAAGUUUGAUAAUUUAAUGGAUCAGGACCACGUAUAUUGUAGUAUUCCAGGUACUUCUCAACAGCCAUCCACUGCAGAAAUACAAGUUGAGAACCAGAAUUCAUCAACAUUUUUAUCUACCCCAGGCUUUAAGCGAAAACGAUUCACUAAAACUGCAAGGCUAACAGAAUCAAUGAAGAACAAUGAUAUGCUCCUAAAAAUAAAUAAAGAGAAUUUAGAAUCACACAAAAUCUAUAGAGAGAAAAAAAUUGAAAUUUUACUUUGUGAUUCAAAAAAAAGAGAAACCUACUGGAAAAAAAAGUUAAUGAUUCUAGAAUCGAUCGGUGAUAGCCUCAACCAAAUGGUAGAUCAUAAAGAUAAUACAAAUUCUGUUACAUUCUACCAUUAUGAUGACAAAAAUAAGUGUUAAUUGCGUAAUAUGCCUAA